UGACUGGGGACACUUCAGUACCUACAGACUCUAGUUUGAAGUAACAGUAGAAAGGCAAAUUCAGUUGAUCACACAACAACUCUAAACUCCAUUUUUGCCGUGACUGGGCACAUUUCAGUACCAGCAGACUUUAGCUCGAAGUACAGUUAGACAGAGAAAUUCAGGCUUAUUUCAAGAUGGCUAAGGCAAACCCAUUUUUGGAUGACUUAUUUGGAAAUUCUGAACAAUUUCCAAAAAGAGAUUCGGUGUGUGUUUGUGGGAAAAAUGAAGCAAAAUACUACUGCCAAGAUUGCAGACAAGACUUGUGCAAUACUUGUAGUGACCAUCAUACCAGAUUUCCAUCAAUGGCAAAUCACAAUCUACGAACAUUGGAGUACAUGCAAUCAAAGGCUCUAGAAGAUGAUCUGUUAGUGUUACAACAACCUCAGCUGACGUGUUUGAUUCAUAGUAAACCUUUCAGGUUUUUCUGCACAGAAAGUAAAAAUCUAAUAUGCGAGGAGUGUACAAGUACCAGCCACAAACCUAUCAAAAUUUUAGAGGCUUUUCAACAGUUUGAAAAAACUGCUGCAGAAUUGAAAGAAGAUGCCGAUGAUUUUACAGACAAUUUACAAAAAGGUAUUGAUAGAGUUAUGCACAAUGAUAACAAAUUAGAAGACAGUAAAGCUGCCUGUUUAAAAGCUAUAGAUGAUACUGCAAAAGAACUGAUCAAUAAAAUCAAUGACAAUACAGAACAAAUGAAAAAUAAAUUAGAAACAAUCUACAAAAAUAAAAAAAAGGUAAGCAACAUGCAAAGUGAUGAAUUGAAAACAAAAAUAAAUGAGGUAAAAAACUUACAGAGUAGAUUAAACGAGAUUUUAAUGGGUGAUAAAACUACAGCUAUGCAAUCAAGUAAUGUAGUAUAUGAAGCACUUAAGGACAAAAUUGGUGAAUUGCCUAAGACAGAGCCAAACGAUGAUGGCGAAAUUAACUUCAACAAAAGCAUGUCUAUAUUGCAAUGGAAAUGUGAUAUUGGAAACGUGACUGAACAGAUGGCAGAUCGCCUAUCAUUAAAAGGAGGAGAAGAUGUGACCCAAGGUCAGCCAAUUGUUGUCAAAGUAAACAAAACAGAAGAUUGUGACAUAGAUGCAAACCAAUUAAAGGCAACAUGGACACACCCUACAGGAGAAACCAACAUUUCUCAAGUUGAAGAAGAUGACAACGGAGAUCCCACUGUUACAGGAAAGUGCACAAGCCCAGGUAUAUGCAAACUAGAUGUGCGUGUUGGCGAUAAACCAAUCAGACAGUCACCAAUGAGCAUAAAAGUAAAUAAGGAAGGACUGGUACACACCAUUAAAAUAAAAGAAGACAUUGUUUCAGAUGUAGUUCUGUAUGAUGAUGAUCGCAUGCUUGUUUCUUGUCGGACAAAAUACAUUUUCAGGUACACGCAAUCAGGAGAGUAUAUUGAAAAGGUUACAUUACCAGAAGGUGUAAAAGUUAACAGAAUGUACAAGAUGAAGAAUGGUGAUGUAGCAUUUAGUGAUUAUGGUAAUAAAUGUAUCACAUUAAUUAAUACUAAGGAUCAGGUGAUUAGAUCAAUCGGUCAGGGACAACUGAAGAAUCCCAAGGGUCUCCAUGUAGAUGAGUCUGUUGUGUAUGUAGCCGAUUGGAAUAAUAUCUGUGUGUUAAACAUUGGUAAUGGCCAGAUUAUGCGGCGUAUACCACAAGAACGCAAUGUCCCUGACAUUACUCUUACCAAAGGAGGGAAUGUGAUUGUAUUAUAUGAUCAGACUAAUUUAUUGAAAUUUCAAAAUACAAAACAAUAUGUAUUACAAGUACUGGAUAACGAGUUUAAGUUUCUGAAAAACAUUGUCAAAGCAGAUGGAAUGUUGAAGCCACGUGGAGUUGUAGUGGAUGCAGAUGAUAACAUUAUUAUAUCAAGUGAAGACAAAUUGGAGGUAUUCAGUAAUGAUGGAAGUCUCAUCAAAAGAAUUGAUAAAGAAGAGGAUGGAAUCAACAUUCCAUGGGGAUUAUCUAUCUCAAAUCACCCACGAAGAGUUGUAGUAGCAAACAAGGGAAAUGCAACCAUACAAAUAUACAAUUAUUAAACAUAUUAUUUAUAGCCCAUUUAUAGCAACUGGGCUGUUGCAAAAAAUAUUGGUAAUAAACAUUGUUGUUAAAGAAAUAUUGUGAUUGGAUGAUAAAUUAAAUUUAGCAAUGUUGAUGUAUAAAAUAUUGACAAAUUUUUUGUAUAAAAUGUAACUUUUGUAGCAUAAAAAGUUGGUGUACAACAGCGGUCGGAAAAACCUUGGGUCGCAACCUAAAAAAAUGGGUUACAGGAAAUUACUUAUGUGUGUCAUCUGGUGAAUGCAUUGUGGUCGUGGGCAAGUUUAAGACUCGGGUUGCGUUAUUCUAUUUAUUCAUUUAUUUACCAAAUUUAUAUAGCGUCCUUUUCAUUAAGAAUCAUGUUUAAAGGCACUUUCGUAAGAAUACACAAAUACAAUACAAGAAUAUAAAUUUAGAAAAUAUGACAUUAUUACAUUAUUGGAUAGCAUUGAAGAAACAACAAGUAUAGUGGCCUGGCAUCUGAAGAUUUUGGCGGCUUUAAACAGAAGCAUGUGAAGUAAUAUGCAGAUGAAAGGUCUAUGAGUGCAAU